AUGGACAGAUAUUCAGCCGCUGUCGUCCGUAGUCCAAACGACAAGACCUGCCACUUUUUCUUUUUUGUCGACCCUACCACAAAAAGACUUGUGUUCGAAAGGCGUUCUAUCUAUACUUUCAAAGGGUACUCCUCUUUUGGGAAUGAUGAGCUUUUCAAAGGCAUCAUCCGGCCUGACGCAUCGAUUGCUGCAGUGCUACAAGGUGACAUGGUUUCUGUUUACGGCAUAACCGAGCCAGAGGAAGAGGGCAUUAUGUACCUCUCAAAGCUGAGCCCAACCCUCGAUGUACUUCAUGACAUUGACAUAGACGGCCCAAUUGCGCACAUUGAAGACCCCGUGGCUUCAUGCUCCGCCGGACGAUAUUUAACAUUUGUCAACUACUUUACUUACGAUUUUGACCACGCCAGUGGCAAUGACAGUUUUCAGUUGAAUGAGCUGGAAUUAUGGGGCGAAAGCAACGAUAGGUUCUCUAUGCGAAUGAGCAUAGAUUCCCCUCGAGAGGUCUACGGACUCUGUGCCGUGAUUCAUCGGGAAACGUUGGUACGGUAUAUCUUUUUCCUGUACCAAGAGCAAACUGGCAAGCCAAGCGUUCGCUGUAGCUGGGUUUGUUCCGGGGAUCAAGGAAGGAAUCAUUUCAUCGAUCAUGACUUCAAAAGCUCUGAUAUCUUGGCAGUAGCCUCUCGGGAAGGAAUUAACCGCUACGGGCCUUACCUCGAUAUAUUCCUGUACUGUUUAAACCCAGGCAAUGAUCGUAUUUUUAGGGCUGUGGGAAAAGCACGAGGUCACAGCAUUAAGUGGACUGCUCCUUCGAACACGUUUCAUCUAAAGUCAGAUGAGAAAUCUUCUCUGGCCGUCAUAAAUGAAAACAAACGGAACUAUGUGUAUUACAUCCCACGAGGAAAGGAUAAGUACGAAGCAUAUAUUGAUGUGAUCCAGGAUGACUGGUUCGAGCCCCAAGGAAAAUGA